UCAUGGUAGCGGAGAAGGAGUACAUCGAAACACACUUAUCCGUCAGUCGUGUGAAAGUGAUUGUCGGAUAGGUGGAUCAUUGUAAUGAUCUGUUUAAACGUACAUAAUGUCUAAUUUUUUACGAAUUCUAGUUUUCGGGGUGCUUUUUAGCUUCGCGAAGACCGACAUGCCUCAUCCCUGGUAUGAAACCUUACCGGCGGUGGCUAUGGAUUACAAAGUCCACAUCGACGCCAGAAAAGAAGAUUGUUACUUUCAAUAUGUUAAUGCUGGCGCUACUUUCUACGUAAAUUUCCAGGUGAUACGUGGUGGAGAUGGUAAAGCUGGAUUUGCAGUGAGAAAUCCAGAAGGAGUAAUAGUUCAUCCAUACCAGUGGCUUGCUAAUUCAGACUACCAAGACACUGCAAAGAAUGCUGGUUACUAUAGUAUAUGUAUAAGUAAUCAGUUCUCUGGAUUUUCUUCAAAAUUAGUUAAUUUAUAUAUCACUGUGAUCAGAUACGACGAAUGGGCCAAACACUCCAAGGAGCUAGAGGAAUUGAAUCUUUCUGUUGAAAACUUUACGACUGCAAUAACGCACGUGGAAAGAAACAUAAACGAAAUACUUCAGAGUCAGCAUUUGAGUAGGAGUAGGGAAGCACGAGAUUUAAAUUUGUUAAUGGAUAACAAUUUUUAUGUCCAAUCAUGGUCUGUCAUGCAAAUAAUCGUCAUAAUGAUAACAACGACUAUACAAGUAUAUUUUGUAAGAAAACUUUUUGAGGUAAAACCAUCUAAAUAUUCAAAAAUGGGCAUAUGAAAUAGUCGUAAUCAAUUGCUGUGUUAAAGAUGAGAUUCGGUAAAGAAAUUUGCUACGUUUAUUGUGAUAAAGUAAUGUCAAAGUUGCUGGACUUCCAAUUUGAUAACGUAGUACUUUUUACUUCCAGAACAUUAUAUAUUUAGAUUAAAGUUCAUUGUAUUCUUGAUAACAGCAUAAUACUCCCUUUUUACGAGAAGCUGUAAUUGCAUCAGCAUAAGACUGUACUGAUUUUCAUACUUGCACACAUAAAACAUUCCGCUUAUCGUUUAAAACUGUGGAACAUUUAUUAUCACUUAUUUUAUCAAUCAUCAGCAUUUUAAUACAAACAUACGAAUUAUAUUUAUGGAUCGAUAGAUUGAUUAGAGAAGUUUAUAUUGUACUCAU